AUGGGCGGCACCUCGCUGCGCACCGGCGCCCUCAUUGGCAUCAUUUCUGCAUUCGCUCUUCGCCGCCUGCCAGCCACCCUCGUCCGCUCGCCGCUCCUCUCCACCCGUCCUGGUGUCCUUCGAGCCGCUCCGAUCCGCUCGCACCUCGACUCUCUUCCACACACCAGGCAGCACUACCCAUCUGCUUCCCCUUCCCCCUUCUCCACAUCAGCCAUGUCUUCCGCCGAUAUCGCCCUUGUGCCCUCGCCGGCCUCCUUCAACGGUGCUCCGUUCCUCUCGGAGCUGCCGCAGCUCCCGUCCGUCCCGGGCGUAGACACCAAGCGUGCGCCUCUCGACAACUUCCGUCUCGCCAUCGCAAAGCACGUCUCCGAAUCUCUCGGCGUCGAUGUCAAUGCCGCAUUCGCCGCUGUCGGCACCGGCAAGAUCGGCGACUACACCGUCGCCGUGCCCCGUUUCAAGUUGCCGGGCAAGCCCAUCGAGAUCUGCGAAAAGGCGGCCGCUGCCUUCCAGCCCAACGAGUUCCUCAGCAAGAUCGAGGUCAAGGCUCCAUUCCUCCACUACUUCCUCAACGACAAGACGCUCAUCAAGCUCACCCUCCAGACCGUCCACGUCAUGACCCACGGUUUCGGCGCCCCCCGCGACGACGCCGGCAACGCCCAGCCAAGCUACGGUACCAACCGUGACGGCGAGGGCAAGAACAUCAUCGUCGAGUUCUCCUCGCCCAACAUUGCAAAGCCCUUCCAUGCCGGCCACCUCCGAUCCACCAUCAUCGGCGCCUUCCUCUCCAACCUGUACAAGGCAAACGCAUGGAACGUGUCAAAGUACAACUACCUCGGCGACUGGGGCAAGCAGUUCGGUCUGCUUGCCGUCGGCUGGAAGCUCUUUGGUGACGAGCAGCGCCUGCAGGACGACGCGGUCAACACGCUCUUUGACGUCUACGUGCGUGUCAACCAGCUCGCCAGCGUCGAGGAGGACGGCAAGGGCGAAAAGAUCCACGAGGAGGCCCGACGAUACUUCAAGGGCAUGGAGGACGGCGACGCAGAGUGCCUCGCGCUCUGGCAAAAGUUCCGAGACCUCUCGAUCAAAAAGUACAUCGAGGUCUACGAGCGUCUCAACAUCCACUUUGACGUCUACUCGGGCGAGUCGCAGGUCAAGAAGGAGAACCUCGAAAAGUCGCUCGAGCAGCUGCGCAAGGCCGACUUUGUUUCCAAGGAGGACAACGGUGCAACGCUCGCCGAUCUCACAAAGUACAAGCUCGAAAAGUGCGUCAUCGAGCGACGAGACGGCACGCCGCUCUACAUCACGCGAGACAUUGCCGAGGCGGCGCAGCGCUUCGACAACAGCUUCAACGGCAACGGCUUCGACAAGAUGAUCUACGUGGUCGCCUCGCAGCAGGACCUGCAUCUGGCGCAGUUCUUCAAGGUGCUCGAGCUCAUGGGCUAUCCGUGGGCGCAGAAGGAGACCUCGCGUCUGCUCCACAUCAACUUUGGCAUGAUCCUCGGCAUGUCCACCCGAAAGGGCACCGUGGUCUUCCUCGACAACAUCCUCGACGAGACGCGAGACAAGAUGCACGAGGUAAUGCGCGCCAACGAGGCCAAGUAUGCGCAGAUCGAGGACCCGAUGCGCACGGCCGACAUUGUCGGAAUGACGGCGGUCAAGAUCCAGGACAUGAGCUCCAAGCGCAUCAACAACUACAACUUUGACUGGUCGCGAAUGCUGUCGUUCGAGGGUGACACGGGUCCGUACCUGCAGUACAACCACGUGCGAUUGUGCUCGGUUGAGCGCAAGGCCAAGGAGUCGGAUGGCCUGGAGCUGCCCACCGCCGACCUGGACCUGGCGUCGAUCAACCUCGAGCUCAUUUCGGAGCCCAAGGCUCGUGAUCUGGUCAUGCUCAUUGCACAGUGGCCCGACACGGUCCGAGCGGCCAUGAAGGACCACCAGCCCUCGACGAUUGUCACGUACGCCUUCCGUCUGACCCACCUCAUCUCCUCCUGCUGGGAGUUCCUCCUUGUCAAGGGCCAGGAGCGGGACCUUGCCCUCGCCCGUCUCUUUGUCUUCCGAUGCUGCAAGGACGUCCUUGGCUCCGCCCUUCGACUCCUCACCAUCACCCCGCUCGAACGCAUGUAG